GGGUCUUGAAACUCAGUCGCACGCGAGUCCUCAGUCAGUCAGUUUCGAGCUCUGGGAUGCCACGGAUGCCUUAAGUCCCCGAGCUGUUUGGCGGUUUUAUCAAAAGUCGCGUAUACGCCGCGUGGUACCAAGUAAUAACUUGACCAAAGCCACUAAGUCGUCAAAGGAACGGCUUAAGACGCUGCUAACAUCUUUACGUAUUUUUAACUUUUCCGGAUAAUCGGCGGAAAUUGAGCUAAAGUUUUGUGUCCGGUUGGCGCCAGUUGGUGGCCAUUGGUGCUGUCCAAGUUUCAGCACCGAACGAUGACAAACUGAAAAGUAAACUUUGUAAAGAUUCAGCUGCUUACAAAAAUUCAAGUGUAUCUGUGAAGAAUAAAAAUUUUUGAAUCCAAAAAGGACAGAGUUCUGUGGAAAAGUUGCAGUUGCAAUGCAACGCACAAUGGAAAAUCAGCAAAGUGACCUCCAAGUGUACGAAAACAGAAAAUAACUCAAUAAUCAUCGCUGCAGGGUCACCCGGUGGACAGCUAAUUGCAGCUAACCCCAUUGGCAUUUAGCAAACGGAAAAUGCUUCGUGACCGCUGCAACCACAUUGCACCACCACCAGCAUCAGAGCCACCACUACCACGGGAAUCUGCACCGCUGAAGCUGAAGCUGAAACUGAAUCAGAGUCUGCAACUGAAACUGAAGGCAUCCCAGUGGCGGCGACACACGGAAUCCUUGCCAAAUGCGGCAGUCGAGGCGCUGGCAAGUAAAUAAGCGUAAUCCUUUGCGGGCACGUACCACCUCUACCAGCUCUACCGCCUUUGGUAGUUUGGAGUAGCUCGUAAAUAUUUGGCCGAGUCGCAUCCAAAGCAGUCAGUCAGUCAUGGAGGCCAUCAUCAUGACGACCCUGCCCGCCCUGACAACGGAUGCUGGUGACAGCAGCAGCUUUUGGCUAACCGGCGCCCUCUCGCUCUCCGAGAUGUUGGCCAACUCGAGCCACGGCCAUUCCACUGGGAGCACAUCCUCGACGGCUGGCAGCUCGGCCACGGAAUCCUCCACGGUGAAUGUGGGCAAGGACCACGACGUAACCAAGCACGUGAAUGACAGCGUUUCCACGGGUCUCAGCAAUUACAGUAAUUACCCCAGCUACAUUCACUACAGGGACAAGUACGACCUGAGCUACAUUGCCAAGGUGAAUCCCUUUUGGCUGCAAUUUGAGCCACCUAAGUCGAGCACCUUCCUCGUGAUGGCCGCCCUGUAUUUCCUGAUUUCGGUGGUGGGAUGUGUGGGCAAUGCGUUCGUCAUCUUUAUGUUCGCCAACCGCAAAUCUCUGCGGACUCCUGCCAAUAUCCUGGUGAUGAAUCUGGCCAUCUGCGACUUUCUGAUGCUCAUCAAAUGCCCGAUUGCCAUAUACAAUAACAUCAAAGAGGGUCCGGCUCUGGGUGACAUUGCCUGUCGCCUCUAUGGAUUCGUGGGUGGUCUAAGUGGCACCUGUGCCAUCGGCACCCUCACCGCCAUCGCCCUGGAUCGCUACAAUGUGGUGGUGCAUCCACUGCAGCCGCUGCGACGCUGUUCCCGCCUGCGAUCCUACCUAAUCAUCCUGCUGAUCUGGUGCUACAGCUUCCUGUUCGCGGUGAUGCCGGCCCUGGACAUCGGACUAUCUGUGUAUGUUCCCGAGGGAUUCCUCACCACCUGCAGCUUCGAUUACCUGAACAAGGAGACGCCAGCCCGCAUUUUCAUGGCCCUGUUCUUUGUGGCAGCCUACUGCAUCCCACUGACCUCCAUUGUGUACUCCUACUUCUACAUACUGAAGGUGGUCUUCACGGCGAGUCGCAUUCAGUCGAACAAGGACAAGGCCAAGACGGAACAGAAGUUGGCCUUCAUUGUGGCGGCGAUUAUUGGUUUGUGGUUUCUGGCCUGGUCACCGUACGCCAUCGUUGCCAUGAUGGGUGUCUUUGGCCUGGAGAGGCACAUAACGCCCCUGGGAUCGAUGAUACCCGCGCUCUUCUGCAAGACAGCUGCCUGCGUGGAUCCCUACUUGUAUGCGGCCACCCAUCCGCGGUUUCGCGUCGAGGUGAGAAUGCUCUUCUACGGACGCGGAGUGCUGCGUAGAGUCUCCACCACCAGGUCAUCGUACAUGACCCGAUCCCGGUCAUCGUUCACCCAUCGCUUGAGGACGAGCACCACUGGUGAUGGUGGAAUGGGUGAUCACCGCAUGGAGAACUACCUGAUGAACAACAACCUGAUGAUGGUGCCCGAGGAGACGGAGGAGAACGAGGAGAUCGUCGUGGUGGCCGAGAUCAACAAUUCGGUUAGCAGCGUCAUGGAGCAGAGUAAGUUCUAAAGGAUGUCAUGUGCCAUGAGGAAUGCUAUUAUCGCAGUUAAGAGAGCUAAAAACCCAUUCAUAGUUCUGUAAAUCUGUUUUAAACCUAGUAAUAUAACCAUUUUUAAUUAGUUUUAAGUUUAGAGCAGACAUGUUUUAUAUAAUUUGAAAAUGAGUCAAACUUAUGACCACGAUGAUAGGUAGAUACUUCAAAAACUGUGCCGCACUGAAGGUGAAACUUGCAUGGAAACUCGCCUGUUUAAUUUCCAUUUUUCCGAAUGAAAACCUUUCCUACCACAAUAAGUAGAGUAUUCACUGUUAAUUGAAAUUGCAUAUCAAUUGGGAGCUAGCUAUAAUCAUAGAUUGAAUGCAUCCACUCCAGUUUCAUUGUCGGACUAAUCUAAUUUGUAUGUAGAAAUAAUAGACCGAACUGAAAUCAGCGAAAGCAGCUAAAUAAUCUCGCUGAGCAAUGAUAUGUACUAUAUAUGCCGAUGGCAUUGUCCGUCGCACUGAAUGCAAUGUCAUUGAUGGACCUACAAUUGAAAUGAAAAUAAUACCAAUAAUAAUAAUAAAUAGAAAUGAAGCAGGGAAACUGGCAAGGCACAACGACGACAGUGGUGAUAGUAAACAUAUUUAAUGAGCUUAUGUGAUGUUUAGACGAGCGGGGAGGAGUAGGCGAUCGGACAGGGAAUGGAUUACUUAGUCGAUAUAUACACAUAAAUGUAUAAGGCAUCCCAAUGGAAGGCCCAUUACAGAGGCAAGGCCGAAAUUAGUACAAAGAAAGGGUGGCGUGGGUAGGGGCGAAUUGGAAAUUCAAUAGGCAGAUUAUACAUAAAUUCAGGGAAAGUCACUUGGACCUAAGGUCAAGCCGUGUUAUUGGAUGUUAACAGGCAGAUGUGCAGAUUGUUUGCAUUGUAGUUUAGUACUGGGAUAAGUCACAAUCACAGCAGCCUGCGGAGUUCUUGUAUUUCUGAAAUUGCUUUGUAUUGUGAUGGCCCUUCAAAGUUAUUGACAAAUUAAGCUAAUUGCGUUUAUGUCUCGAUGUCUAAUCCGGUGGUUCUCUCAGUAUCUUAUAGGUAUUAAAUAGAUUGUAUACAAUGUCUACUCUAAAACCUAACUAAGCAAACGACUUUGAUAAAGUCAUCGAGUACUUGUACCUGUAAGUGAAGUAAGCGAAAUAAGAACAAAGAACACGAACACGAAAGUGUUGCAAGUAACAUUGCAAGUAAGCCAAAGCCAAAUAUAUAACGAAUUUAUACUCUUGAUACUUACUUAGCCGUAUCGUUUUAUAUAUGUAUGUACAUGUAUAUCGGGGAUAUCUGGCCACAAUGGGUUGGCCAUGGGCCAUAGAACAAUGGUAGCCCCAGAUGAAUAAGUCUUGGGCAGCAGGCAGCAUUUUAAUUACUAGAACACAAAUUUAAGCCAUUGUUGCGACAAACUUGUAUAUUUCCUUCACUACGUGAACGAACAAUGGAACCGGCUAUUUGUAAUUGUGCUCAAAUGAAAUUGCAGAAAAAUAGAAAAAAAAGAAAAAUACUAAGACGACUCGUAGUGGGGAUAAACAAUGAGAAAGCGGGGGCAAAACCAUUUAAUUAGCAUAUUUAAAAUGCACUUUGACAUCAAUUUUGUGUGUGUGUGCAUUGUGUGUGUGUUUCACUUAAGCAGCUUGUAUUCCAAUUAGUUUAACUCAGUAAUUGUUUGACAUGAAGUACCUAUUGUUUUUUGUUAUGGCGGUAAAUGUUAAAAACCCAAGCAACUCGAAAUAAAUGUGCAAAAACUUUAAAA